AUAUCGUCCUAGAACUUUUUGGAUGCCACUCGUUUUCACCUUGCGGCACGUUUCUGCAGAAUAAAACUUCUUUCCUAUCUCCAUGAAUGCAUCAUAUAUCUGGAAGUAUGAUUGAGUAUAAGUUGAAAUUCCUUGUGGAACAUGGCCAUAAGUUUGUAUCGCUUUGUUGUAUUCUCUUCUUUAUAUUCGGAAACAGGAAAAUUAAGGAUAAGAGUGUUGACAUGGCCAUUGACCAGAUAUCUUUCCUACGCUCUGAAUGCUACACCAUGCACCUAAAAGAUGAAGAAGCCGAAAGAAUAUGGUGGUCAUUAUUCAUGGAACGCUGUGUACGAAACCAAGAACGUGAACUGCUUUCUCGUAUGAUAGUAUGACUACACGUCGUGUAUCACGAAUAGACUGCAGAGUGGACGGGAAACAAUGACAAGGCAGCCGCCGAGGGUAUCGAAUCCAAAGGAAAGUACAUACCGAUAUGAACGCCACGAUUCGUCUUC